CCUACCAACUGUCCAGGACUGGACGCCCCCGUCUCUUACCGGUGCGGUGAGCGGCGUCGCGAUGGACAGCCCUGAGGUGACCUUCACGCUGGCCUACCUGGUCUUCGCAGUGUGCUUCGUGUUCACGCCCAACGAGUUCUACUCGGCCGGGCUCACGGUACAGAACCUGUUGUCGGGCUGGCUGGGCAGCGAGGACGCCGCUUUCGUGCCCUACCACCUUCGUCGCACUUCCGCCACGCUCCUGUGUCACUCACUGCUGCCGUUGGGCUACUACAUGGGCAUGUGCUUUGCAGCUUCAGAAAAGCAUCUCUACUCCCCUGGUCAGGCCUCAGAGGCCUGGCAGCUCUUCCUUCUUCUGGCUGUGACCCUUCCCCUUGUCUCCUGUACCCUGAUCUACUACUGGUCCUGGGACAAGUGGACCCGACACCCACUGGCCCAAACCCUGGCCCUCUAUGCCCUUCCACAGUCAGGUUGGCAAGCGGUUGCCUCUUCCAUCAACACGGAGUUCCGGCGGAUUGACAAGUUUGCUACUGGGGCACCUGGUGCUAGAGUGAUUGUGACAGAUACAUGGGUAAUGAAGGUGACAACAUACCGUGUGCAUGUGGCUCAGCAACAGGAUGUUCACUUGACUGUGACAGAGUCUCGGCAGCACGAUCUCUCACCAGACUCAAACCUACCUGUGCAGCUUCUUACCAUACGUGUGGCAAGCACCAGCCCUGCUAUGCAGCCCUUUGAUAUUCGACUGAACUCAGCGGAAUAUGGUGAACUAUGUGAGAAGCUCCAUGCCCCAAUCCGAAGUGCGGCCAACGUGGUCAUCCACCAGAGCCUGGGUGACCUCUUCCUAGAAACGUUUGCCUCCCUGGUGGAGGUCAACCCCGCCUAUUCAGUGCCCAGCAACCAGGAGCUUGAGGCCUGUAUAGGCUGCAUGCAGACACGGGCCAGUGUGAAGCUGGUGAAGACCUGCCAGGAGCCAGCGGUGGGCGAGUGCCAGCAGUGUUAUUGCCGUCCCAUGUGGUGUCUCACUUGCAUGGGCAAGUGGUUUGCCAGCCGCCAGGAUCCCCAGCGCCCUGACACUUGGCUGGCCAGCCGUGUGCCCUGUCCCACUUGCCGUGCCCGCUUCUGCAUCCUGGAUGUGUGUUGUGUACGCUGAGCAUCACAGCAUAUUCUGUGUCUCUACUAGCCACUUAUGAGGAGAGGCUAAAGCUCCUUGACCUUGGCGAAAGGUUCUAGUGAAAGCACACACUUAUCUACAGCCACUCUCUGCCUUGAGUCUGUGGUAGGUUGAGGAUUUUGAUUUAGAAGAAAUUCUAAUGGAAAUGCCCUAUAACAUACCUUCAGCAUCUUCUCUUCCUACUUACCCUCAGGUGGGGCUGAUAUUUCACACAGAAUGCUCCAAAGCCUCAAGAUGUUGGAGUUUGGUCUAAGAGCUUUCAUUUGGCCGGUUUGCCUUAAUUCUAUUACAGAUCAUAUCUGCCCCUCAGAACACUGACAGUUACAAGCCAGACCUACAUCUGUCCCAGGACCUGUGGUGUUGGGUGGACGCUGACAUUUGAGAGGGGUGCCACUCCAGUGUGAAGUCCUUUUCUAGGGUAUCCUGAUGACUGCAGCCAGCCAAGGGACCACUUCUGGGUAGGGAGGCAGGAACAGCAACCUAGGGCCAGGCCAGCGUGCUCUCCCAAGUUACUCAUGAGGAUUGCAUAUGCUUUAGAGGGCCCACAGUGCUUUUGGUGUCUUCUCUUGCUUUAGUCCAGGGGAGGCCAAGAUCUCACACCCCUGGCCCUAGGGAGGGGUUUUAGGGAGGUAAGGUUCAGAGAGCCACAGCACUAUCCAGAAAGAAACCCACCAGGGAUGCAGCACAGAGUUAGCUAAGGCCCUUGUGGGUUGCUUGGAUCAGGAGAGGGUACCUCAGUGGUUAAGGUUCUGAUGGACAUACUAUUCACUUACCUAUGGUGCAGAUGGGAGGAGAAGAGGUUGCCCUUUACCCACCAUCUCUGACACAAGUAGCUGCUGGAGGGUGGACCUCUCUUUCAACUUGUGGCCCUGAAGCUCCUACAUUUGGCUGUUUCAAGCAGUCGGGACAGAUCAAGCCAGCCUCUUAACCCAGCCAGCACCGCACCUAACCCCAGGGAUUUCCUAUCAGAGCAAGCCCAGUUCUGCCUGUCCCUGAAGUUUCAAGGCAGUUUCAAGGGCUGCCUAAGAAGAGGCCAAAUGGUUUGAGGUUAUUUUAUUUUUUUUUUUAACCACAGAGGAGUUAAUUUUAUAAAGAUAAAUGUAAAUGUCGCCAAACGACUCAGUAUUUAAUAAAGUGUUACUUUCUAA